GUGCCUGGACCCUUACUGGUUCACUCCUACUGGGUCACCAGUUAGUGCCUGGACCCUUACUGGUUCACUCCUACUGGUUAACAGACACUGUUUGGACUGGUUGGACUGGUUUCUACCGGGUGUGCUGGUCAGGAGCUUUAAAUCCUGCUGGGGACUCAGAAACCACCAGCUGGGAUCCACACAGAGAGUUUAUCUACAGGGAGACCAGACCAGCAUCAAGACCACUACAGUCCUGGAGCUGCAGAGACUGGGACAGAGACUGGGAACACUGGAGCCCUGACCAGUCCACUUCUUCCUCAUCCUCCUCUUCUUCUUCUUCGGAGCCAGCUCCUGGUCCCAGUCCGGGAUGGGCCCCCUGACCAGCUAGUGGGACGCGUGGAGACCACCUGCAGGCUUCAGACCACCAUGGGAGGAUGUGUGGGGAGGUACUGGGAGGGCUGGGAGGACUCCCAGAGCAGAGGCUCCUCCAGGGCCGGAGCACGAGGAGGCCGUAACGAGCCUCUGAAGAAGGAUCGUCCCAAGUGGAAGAGCGACUACCCGAUGACGGAGGGCCAGCUCCGGAGCAAGCGGGACGAGUUCUGGGACACGGCGCCGGCCUUCGAGGGCCGCAAGGAGAUCUGGGACGCCCUGAAAGCUGCCGCCGUGGCCCUGGAGUGUAACGACCACGAGCUGGCCCAGGCUAUCGUGGACGGAGCCAGCAUCACACUGCCACAUGGUACUCUGGCAGAAUGUUACGAUGAACUGGGGAACCGCUACCAGCUGCCCGUCUACUGCCUGGCUCCGCCCAUCAACCUCAUCUCAGAGCGCAGCGACGACGACCCCAGCGACAGCCCCGAACCUCCCGUAGCACCCAAGAAGGAGUUCCAGCUCAAGGUACGUCUGUCCACGGGCACCGACCUGCGGCUCAGCGCCAGCAUGGCCGACACCAUCGGGCUGCUGAAGAAGCAGCUGCAGGCUCAGGAGGACAUCGACGCCGCCCACCAGCGCUGGUUCUUCUCCGGGAAGCUGCUGACGGACAAGACGCGGCUGCAGGACACCAAGAUCCAGAAGGACUUUGUCAUCCAGGUCAUCGUCAACCCGCAGGCCCUCCGAGGACCCAAGCUGUCCCCCAACACCACCCCCACCACCACCACCACCACCACGGCCUCCCCGCCGCCGUCUGAAUAACCCCGGACGCCACGGGGUGGGCGGCCGGGUCGCGAGGCAGGCAGCAGACUGCUGCGGACCAGAGGUGCCUCCUGUUGCUGGAUAACUUAUGACUUUUCAGUGAAAUAAAAUCGUACCGUGGAGGUACAAAACUACUUUGGAGCAAAAACACGAGGGAGAAACUGAGAAGUGCUGCUUUCUUUCUUCUACCAUGUGUCAUUGUGUUUUCUGAGGGUUGUUUCUUUCACUGAAUCCACUAAAUCUGGAGAUCUUUGCCCCCUUUUUGUCUCUCGGCCCCAUUUUGAAUGAAAAGCAGAAGUUGCUGGUGGGUGUGCAGCCUGUUAGCCACGUACUAAAUGUGCACGUCAUGCUGCACAUGCACACUCUGCCCUUGUAUCUGCACUAAUGCUAACUCAGUGCCAAUGGAGGAAACGCAGACGUGUUGGUUGUAAAGCACAUUUCUACUCCGGACGCCCAGGAACUCUGCACAGCAAUCAGUUUCUCCUCCUCAGAAACAAAGCAGAGCGACAGACGGAACUUUUCUUUCUUUCUUUCUUUUUUCUCUUUACUGA